CGCUCCGCUCUGCUCCGCUAACGUCAACUUGCUCGUAUUCCUUUUUCUUCGUUGCAUCACGAUUUGGUUGUAGCCACACCGACGUUGUCCAAUUCGCUUGCUGCUGAAGGAUCAGGGUUGCAUUUUCUCUGGAUUGUGCCCUUUUGUUUAGGUUUCAAAACUUACUGAACUGGUGCGGAGGUUUCGUUGGUAUCGUAGAGGACGAGGGAGCGGGGAGUUGGAAUUGCUUUAGGGUUGGAGGACUUCGAGGUUUCCUUCGCCGAGGUCUCUCUCGCUCUCUCUCUCGCUUACCAUGGUCGGAGCGCAUGGAGUGGAGGCUGUGGUGGCCGUCGGGGAGAUGGCGGAGAUGGCGUUAGGGGCGAUGGAGUGGCGGCAUGAGCGGAAAUUGGCCAAGGAUGUGACCAGGGAGUGGGAUUGGGCCGAGGUGGAGAGUGACUUGGAUAUUCAGCGAAGGGAAAAUGCGCGGCUCAAGGCAACUAUUCAGAUGUACGAGCAAGCAUUUCAGCAAUUACAUAAGCAGAAAAUGGAGACGGGGACGAUUUCGGUGGAUCGGUCCAUGGCGGUCUAUGAUCAAUUGAAGAUGAGGGUGGCAUCUCCUUCCUUUUUGGACAAGCUAAAGCCGUUUCAAGAUGAUGGUGCCUCGACAUCUAGUAAUAAGACGCUCUUGAGGGCUGAAGAUGAUUUCUAUGUAAAGGCCGAUGUGGAUGAUCCGAACUGGUGGUUGUGGCUUUCUGAGAACGACACGGAUAGGGAAAUCAAGGAAGUGAAAGACGGUUUGGGAUCCGAUGGCUAUGUGAUGGUUAGUCAGGAGGACAUUGUGGAUAGUAUUGCGAGUUUUAUAGCUCGGUACAUAUCGUCAAUCCCACAAGCCAAGAAUCUGACUCCAAAGGAGCUGCAACAAGCUAUGACACAAGCCUUCGCUAAAGUAGAGAAGAAAGGAAGACUGCGUUCAUUGUGGACCACUGGGAAGUAUCUUUACACGGCCGGUUCAUGGGGCGCUACAGCAUUAUCGAUUUACAAGCAUCCCAUGGUGAUUCGGGCUGCCUCCAUGGCUGUGUGGACCUCAUGCUGCCUUAUUCUCAAAUUAAUAGCCUGAAAUACCUCCGUAAAUUUUAUUUUUUUUUCAAAAAGAAAUAAGGCGUCCUGUUUCUGAUUGGGUUUCGGAGGAAUGAAGAAAGCCGCCCUGCAAGUAACUGUAAAUAUAGAUGUCAAUUCCAUGAUUUAAAAAAGUUUGAUUCAGUCACUGAGAAGCGUCUUGAGGUCAGAGCUCCAACAAGCUGAUCUCAAGUCACAUAUUUCACGUUUAUGGCUAGAUGGAAGUAGUAAGUACUUUUACACUUCUGCUCCUCAUUAAUCACAGAAGUGUUCGCGUAGGAGUUCCAUUUUGGCUGAUGCCAGAUGUUUUGGGUUUGUUUUGGUUUUAGGUGUUCGAAGAUUGGUAGUCCCUGGAGGUGUGGUUUUGUGAUGCUCCGAGCGUGUAGGUUUAAGCCAAGCACCACAACAGCUUGUGCCACUUGUAGUAUAUUCAGGCUGGUGGGACUCCUUGUAAUAUAUGCAGGCCUGUGUGAUUUCUCUUAAUAUAUUCAGGUUUACUUGUUAUGCGA